GAAUCCUGAGGGCUCGGGGGUCCCGAUCUCCCCACAAUCCUGAGGGCUCGGGGGUCCCGAUCUCCCCACAAUCCUGAGGGCUCGGGGGUCCCGAUCUUCCCACAAUCCUGAGGGCUCGGGCUGGAAUAGGGGUACUGAGCUCCCCUCUCUCAGAAAUGCUCUGAGGGUGCUGAGCUCCCUCUCCCAGCCCUCAGAUGUUGGGCCGUGCUGGAGGUCCCGAAACUCCCCCCCCAGAUUCCAUCUCCUUCCCCCUCCUCCUUGCCCCAAAACACCCCCGAUAUUGCCACAUUUUUCCCAGUAUGGCAAACAGUGCCAAUAUUUAACUGUCGUAAAGGUGAACUGGCAGUUUUGCCCACUGAGCACCUCACUGGGAAUCUCUCGUUGUCCGUAUUUUUCAAAAAACCCAGAGAGUUCUAUCCCAUUAUUGAAUUUUGGCCAAAGAAUUCGGCGUGUUCUGAAGGGCACAAAGAAUGGCGGGAAACCGAAUUAGCCAGAAUAUUUUAGGGAGGGGAAAAAAAGCACUAUGAGAUCUCUCACAAAAACAUGAGUCCUGUGUUGGGAUGGGAAAUGAGAAAUCUUUAAAAAUUGCAGGGACUAAUGGAUAGAAAAGACCCUUCCUCUAGGGCUUUUGUGGCAAAAGGGGCUGGCGUGUGUUGUUUGGGGCUUUCCUGUGAUUUUAGCACUGAUUUUUUAGUCUGUGCUAAUUUUUGGGAGGAAUUUCCAUUUUGGGUUGGGCUUAAGAUGUCUUAGAUCUGCCCUCCUUCAUUCAGUAGAGAUUAACAUGUCAUGUAAUGCACUUUAUCCAAAAUAAAACUGGGCAAAAGCUCAGCAUUCCCUUAUCAGAACUCCUGAGUUCAGGUUUUUCUAGGAAAACCCUUGGAAGUACAGAAGUACAGAAGCUUUCCCCCCAGUUCAGUGGUGGUUUGGGGCUGGUCUUCCACUUCUCCUGUGCCUGUGAUUUAAAACAAACACAUAUCCUGAACUUUCUCUAGAGGACAAAAAAAACCCAAACACCCACAAUUAUUUUAAAUGCAGCUAAAUUGCCGAAUUGUGUUUGUUCUAAGCUUUAUCUUUUUUCCUUUUCUUUUUUCAAUUUUAGGAUUCCCCAGCAUGUCUUCACUAACAGAGAAGGACAGACCAAUUGUUCAGCUCUUACUCAGCGCUGGCACCUGCCCACGAUGCGUUUUGAGGUUCUGCUGUGUGGGAUCACAGACCCUUUACAGGCAUCCAGACAAGGAUUUGAUGAAGGAUUUGCAAGACUUCCUGAAGAAGACUGGAGGAGAAGAAGGCACAGCUGGUUUGGACGUGGUUGACCCCCCUUGCAAGAGGAUCAGACUCGAAGGCACCGCCGAAAGUCCGGAGGAUCCGAACCAGAACGGAGCCCUCGCGCAGAUUCCCGCGGUGACCGGCGGGAACGCUGCGGUGGAGAGCUCUGCUGGGAGGGUUUGCAACGUGUGCUUGGGAAUUCUUCAGGAGUUCUGCGAGCCUGACUUCGUUAAAAAGGUGUGCCAAAAAGUGAAUUCUGCUGACUACCAGUUCACUAGUUUUGUGUUUUCUGUGUCACUCCCCCCCCAGCUCUCUGUUAGGGAGAGAGCUGCUUGGCUGGGGGUGAAGCAGGAGAUGAGGAAUCUGGGCCUGUCCUUGGCAAAGGAUGACGUUGUUCAGCUGAAGGAAGCUUAUAAGUGGAUUAUCCACCCCCAGUUGGCAGAAGAGUUGGGUGUUCCUGCUGAUGGAAAGAGUCUGUUUGAAGUCAGCGUGGUCUUUGCUCACCCAGAAACCGACGAGGAGUGCCGUUUCCUAGCCACAGCCUGUCCAGACUGUUUCAAACCAGCAAAGAACAAGCAGUCUGUUUUCACCAGAAUGGCAGUUAUGAAAGCCCUAGAGAAGAUAAAAGAAGAGGAUUUUCUCAAGCAUUUUCCAUGUCCCCCAAGUUCACCAAAGAACCUGUGUGAUGCUCUGGACAUUCAGUGCAACAAUGGGGCAGUUUUUGUGGCUGGAAGGUACAACAAAUAUUCCAGGAAUUUACCUCAGACCCCCUGGAUUAUUGAUGGGGAGAGGAAGCUGGAAUCCUCAGUGGAAGAACUGAUUUCGGAGCAUCUCAUGGCUGAAUUCAAAGCAGACAGCUUUAAUUUUUCUUCCUCUGGAAGAGAAGAUGUGGAUGUGAGGACGCUAGGAAAUGGAAGGCCCUUUGCAAUCGAGCUGGUGAAUCCUCGUCGGAUCCGCUUCACCGCCGAGGAAAUGAAGAGGCUUCAGCAGGCAAUUAAUAACUCUUCAGACAAAAUCCAGGUUCGAGAUUUACAGCUUGUCACCAGAGAGGCAAUUGGUCGUAUGAAGGAAGGUGAAGAGGAGAAGACAAAGACCUACAGUGCCUUAAUAUGGACAGACAGAGCAAUCCAGAGGGAAGAUAUCGCGCUCCUGGACGAUAUCAAGGAGUUAAAACUGGACCAGAAGACGCCGCUCCGUGUUCUCCACCGGCGGCCUCUGGCCGUGCGCUGCCGGGUCAUCCACACCAUGAGCUCCGAGUACAUCGACGAGCACCAUUUCCGCCUGCACCUCAAGACUCAGGCAGGGACCUACAUUAAAGAAUUUGUGCACGGGGACUUUGGAAGGACAAAGCCCAAUAUUGGGUCCCUCCUGAACAGAACUGCUGACAUUCUGGAGCUGGAUGUGGAGUCUGUUGACGUCGACUGGCCCCCCACUCUGGAUAACUGAGUUCCCAAGCUGGGAUGAGGAAGCAGCAGCUCGUGACCAAACACUGUGCAGUGUUGCAGCCCGGGUGCAAAGGGUUUCCAUGGAACACUUGGAUCAUGUUGAUCUGCCAAAGGAUACCCUGACUUUCAGUCUACUUUAAACACUCUGGACCAGGUAGUGUUGGUUCAGUCUCUGGCCUUACUUUAAUUUCUUCUGUGCAUAAAAGGAUUUUGGGAAGCCAGGGUGUUCCUGAUAAAUUAUAGUUUGAGGUAACCCUCCCUCAAGCCAGAUUUCUUUUUAAACUCUUUUUAUAUUGGAUGCUACAGCUUUCCUUGUCUGGGGGCAGGCAGCACUGAGUUACCUGAAAUCCCAACUCUUUCUGAGCACUCUUCCUGCAGGAAAUCCCAAAAGCCAGGGGAUAGUGUUGGAGCAAGUCUCCCUGCUGGCUGCUUUUUGGUCAGGGUUAGUUUUAGGGAUGGGCAAAUUUGUCUCACAAAGAGCAAAACCGUUUUUCAGAGGAAACCUUUGCACUUGAAACCAAGUUUUUCUCACUUAAAAACAUCGGCGACGCUUCCUAGAAACAACAGUUGGGGCCUCCUGAGCUCUCCAGCCUGGCCACAGUCCUCUCCAGGAGCAGGAAUUCCCCAGUGAGUCACCACAUAUAAAAAGAUUGGGAACUCCUGGCAGUGGUGCACGACGGGGAUCUGAAGAAAAACAGGAAUACCAAGAAUCAAAAAAGUGCAGGCAGACACAAAACCUACCUGGGGAUGUCGGAAUCCAGAGACGGGGAUAAAAAAAGCUUUGAUUUAGCAGCAUAAUACAAUUUUUCUACCACCUCACCUUGGAUGGAUGCCUGGAAGACUUAAAUUUGCCUGGGACAGGGAAGAUCUAAGGUUUUUAAUUUGCUUCUUUUAAAUGUUUCCUACUAAGCACCGCCUACAUCUUUAGGAAGAGUCACUUCUAUACCUGCAUCAUGUUAAUCCAUUAGGGGAGAUGCUUCCCUGAGGUGCAGAAGAGAGUUAAACCAUCAGCAGGAAAUUAAGGUUUGAAAUUUAAGGGCUCUUCGUUAAUUAACAUUUUGGAAAUAAAAGAGCAUAAUAUUUGCCAAGACCAACCACUGUUUGGGGACGGGGAGGAUGACUGGGAUGCCUUCCCUUAGUUCAGUGGUGCCAGGACCUCAGCCCAGAACAGCUGCAUCAGAACAUGAGCCAGAGGCUCUAAAACUAUUAAUAAAUCCAUUUUUAAGGAGCUCCUAAAAAAAAAAAAAAAUCAUCUUGAAAAAUGAUGCACUGCCUGUGCUGGGCUGUCAAACCUUGUCUCUGUUGCUGUGCUUUCCUAGCCCUCUGCAAUGCAAGUAAUUCAAAAGCUCCUGGUUUUUUCUAACACAAAAAUAAUAGGGACAUGAUUCAGACAGCAAUAUUGGUUUUGGUUUUAAUCUUAGAGCCAAUAUGAGCAACAGAUUCCAGGAGCAGUUCUCAGAUAAUAAUCUGUAGCCAGACAGGAAGUGUCAUGAAGGAUGGAAAACUAAAGAAACUGAAUUCAGAAAACAAACCAAAAGAGAAUUUCAGUCUCACAACUGUGAUUUCUUGAAACUCAGAGUGAGCUAAAAUAUGAUUUAUAAAUUCCAUAAGCUACAGGGAACAAAAAAACGUAAACAAGACUGUGCAUUUUGGCACAACAGGCCUGAGAAGAGCUGUUCCAAGGGAGGAAAUGGAGCCAAAGGGGGGAAGGAGAAAGGGCUGCUCCUGCUGUAGGUCAAGGACACCCAAGGCACUUCCCUCUGCAGCUCCUGCUGCACGUGGGGGUCACGUCCCGAAUCCCAGUGCAGAUGAACCAGGCUGUAAACACUGCCCUCAGCGUGCUGAGGACACAGAGAGGCCCUCCAAAAAUUCCCAAUCCUGAUAAAUGUGAAGCAUCCAAAUGACAGUGCAAACCUCUGCAGCUCUUUGGGGUCAGGGAUCCCUGUGCAGGGACCACGUGCAAACAGGAGACCCCCAGAUGAGACCUGGGGGUUUGGACUCUGCUCCAAGGCCAGCUGGUGAUGACCCUUGGAACUGUCACAGGGGGAUAUUGCAGCAAUAAUGCAUCCAGGGGGGGCUUUGGCCUUCCCCUUAUUUUUACCAGUGAAACACCACCUUGAGAGCGCUCAGACUGAUGCUCUGCGAGGGCAAGAUUUAAUCCUGCAUUUCUCCAAGGGGCCACCUCUAAUCCCCCUUCCACUUGGGUUUUGCCCGGAGAAAGCUGAACCAGCAGCACAGAUGUGCCCAAAGCAUCUGUCCCCUCAUCCCCUCUGCCCAAAAACUCAACGGCUCUGCCACAAAACCUUCCCAUUGCUUGAGGUUCUGCAGUGGCCACCAGUAACUGGGAGCAGAAAUACCCCAAAAAAAGCCCCAGAACAAGCAAAUGAUAACCUACCUUGUCCCUUUUCCCUGCCUUGCCCGUGGUGAGGGAUGUCACAAAGCUGAGGAGGUUGCAGAAGCUGAGCACUUGGUAUAACCAGUUUUUUUUAAUUACCAAACCAACUCGUUUACAAAGGAAAACAGAACUUUGAAAAUAUUUAAUUAUACAGUAAAAACAAAUUGUACUAUAAAGAGCUUUCUAUGAAGUGAGUAAAAUGUUUACAUUUAAUAUACUUAAAACUGAGAACUUCAAAAAAAAAAAAGAA